CAGUACGGCAUCGGAGCACCCCUGGCGCCGCCGCUCGCCCAGGCGUUCUACUACGGAGCCGCGGCUGCUACAGCCACGCCUUACGGCAUGGGGCUUGACCACGCCACGUUGAAAGACCUCAUCAAGAAGCAGAUCGAAUACUACUUCAGCCCUGACAACUUGGCGCGCGACUUCUUCCUCCGCCGCAAGAUGGCGCCCGACGGAACCAUCCCCGUCACUCUCAUCGCGUCAUUCCACCGCGUGCGGGCGCUGACGGCUGACGUCCAGCUGGUGUUGGACGCCAUCCGGGACUCGGACAAGCUGCAGCUGAUAUCCGGCUUCAAGGUGACUAUCAGUGUAACUAGCGACGGAACCAUCCCCGUCACUCUCAUCGCGUCAUUCCACCGCGUGCGGGCGCUGACGGCUGACGUCCAGCUGGUGUUGGACGCCAUCCGGGACUCGGACAAGCUGCAGCUGAUAUCCGGCUUCAAGGUGACUAUCAGUGUAACUAGCGACGGAACCAUCCCCGUCACUCUCAUCGCGUCAUUCCACCGCGUGCGGGCGCUGACGGCUGACGUCCAGCUGGUGUUGGACGCCAUCCGGGACUCGGACAAGCUGCAGCUGAUAUCCGGCUUCAAGGUGACUAUCAGUGUAACUAGCGACGGAACCAUCCCCGUCACUCUCAUCGCGUCAUUCCACCGCGUGCGGGCGCUGACGGCUGACGUCCAGCUGGUGUUGGACGCCAUCCGGGACUCGGACAAGCUGCAGCUGAUAUCCGGCUUCAAGGUGACUAUCAGUGUAACUAGCGACGGAACCAUCCCCGUCACUCUCAUCGCGUCAUUCCACCGCGUGCGGGCGCUGACGGCUGACGUCCAGCUGGUGUUGGACGCCAUCCGGGACUCGGACAAGCUGCAGCUGAUAUCCGGCUUCAAGGUGACUACCGUCAGUGUAACUAGCGACGGAACCAUCCCCGUCACUCUCAUCGCGUCAUUCCACCGCGUGCGGGCGCUGACGGCUGACGUCCAGCUGGUGUUGGACGCCAUCCGGGACUCGGACAAGCUGCAGCUGAUAUCCGGCUUCAAGGUGACUACCGUCAGUGUGACUAGCGACGGAACCAUCCCCGUCACUCUCAUCGCGUCAUUCCACCGCGUGCGGGCGCUGACGGCUGACGUCCAGCUGGUGUUGGACGCCAUCCGGGACUCGGACAAGCUGCAGCUGAUAUCCGGCUUCAAGGUGCGAACAGCGUUCGAGCCGACAAAAUGGCCGAUCCUGGACAUCACUAACCACGAAGACAGCGAUAAGGUUGAAAGAAAACCAGAUUACAAGCCGAAAGACGCGCCGAAUCCCGAAUCCGAGGCCGAAAAGCCGCAUUCCGACUCUGAGCACGCCGAAGCCGAAGUCGUAGCCGAAAAGCCGAACGUUGAGGCCGAAACUUCGAUUGAGACUGUUUCGGCUGAGGAGUCAAAAAACGAGGAGUCGAGCAUGGAAAUGGAGGAGCAGAAGGAAGCGCCGAGUAUAGCAGAGAAAGAAAUUGAAGAGAGCAUACAGAAGGUCGAAGAAUUGACGUUGACAACGAGUGAAAAAGUAGAGGAAACUCAGCCAGAUCCAGACGCCGUCGAAUCGCCGACGGAAGACGACCCAGACAAGAAGAACGAUUCCAUAGACGACCCGCCGCUGCAGUCCGAAGCCAGCGACGAGAAACCCGGCGAGAAACGACGCAGGAAGCAAAUGGUGGGCAUAUUCCCUCUCGCCACGAUGGGCGGGCCGCUCGUCGCGCCCGUGUCGAGCCUUCUGAAGGCAGUGCCGCCGCCGCCCUUGCCCAGGUGA